AUGGACGGGGAGGACGACAACGCGUCCUACUUUUACGAGGAUGAUUACCUCAACGGCUCGGAGGCCAUCGUGAUCCUGGAGGAGUUCCAGUCCCCGGACGGCGGCGGCGGCGCGUUCCGGAUCUUCCUGGUGGCGGCCUACAGCGUCAUCUGCUGCCUGGGCAUCCUGGGCAACGGCCUGGUGAUCUUCGUGGCCGCCUUCCAGGUGAAGAAGACGGUGAACACCAUCUGGUUCGUCAACCUGGCCGUGGCCGACCUCCUGUUCAACCUCUUCCUCCCCUUCCACAUCGCCUACGUGGCCCUGGGCUACCACUGGGCCUUCGGGACGGCGCUGUGCAAGCUCAGCAACUUCCUGCUGCACCACAACAUGCACACGAGCGUCUUCCUGCUGGUGGCCAUCAGCGUCGACCGCUGCGUGGCCGUGGUCCUGCCCGUCUGGUCCCAGAACCACCGCAGCGUGCGGCUGGUGUGCGCGGCCUGCGUGGCCAUCUGGGCGCUGGCCUCCCUGCUGAGCGUCCCCUCCCUCGUGUUCCGGGACACGGUGCUGGCGCACGGGAAGGUCGUGUGUUUCAGCAACUUCAGCCCCGAGCACCACCCCCACCCGGGCUCCCCGCCGCCGGGGGCCCGCUGGCACCUGGCGGUGGGCGCCCUGCGCUUCCUCUGCGGCUUCCUGAUCCCCGCGGUCGCCAUCACGGCCUGCUACGUCACCAUCGUGUGCAAGCUGCGGCGCAACCGGCUGGCCAGGACCCGGAAGCCCUUCCGGGUCAUCCUGAGCAUCAUCAUCACCUUCUUCCUCUGCUGGUGCCCCUACCAGACCCUGUACCUGCUGGAGCUGCGCCACAGCGCCGUGCCCACCGCCGUUUUCACCCUGGGCCUGCCCCUGGCCACCGUGCUGGCCAUCGCCAACAGCUGCAUGAACCCCAUCCUGUACGCCUUCAUGGGCCAGGACUUCAAGAAGUUCCGGGGGGCCUUCUUCUCGCGCCUGGCCAAUGCGCUGAGCGAGGACGCGGGCCAGUCCCCCGACCACAGCCACCGGAACUCCACCAGGAUGUCGUCCGUAAACGAGAGGUCCUCCAGGAACGAGAAGGAGACCGGCAUGUUCUGA